UAUGAUUGGCCUUCCCAAAAGAAGUACCAAGUCUUUGGGACCAAGGUUUGAAGCACUGUCUGUUGCAUCGAAGGUUGAAGACGAUGAGGUGCUUGUCGUGUACGGAGUUGUACGACGCGAGCGUCGCGGGGACGUGCAAGGAGUGCUACGAGGAGGCGAACGAGACGGAGGAGGAGCUGAAGAGUGAGAUCGAUGACUUGAAAGCCAAGGUUGCUUUCCUCAGAUUCUGGUCUCCCCUUGACCUCCACUACCACGGCCGUCCCAUUGUUCCUGGCUUCACCGACGUCGUCCUCGUCGCCUCCUCCGAUGACCCCUCUGCCGGACCCGCUGUCCCCGUCCCUGCCCAUAAGGCCCUUCUCGUUAGCCGUUCCCCAGUGUUUAGGGCAAUGCUCGAGAAUGAGAUGGAAGAAAGCCGUACUGGCACCAUCAAGAUUGGUGAUGUAUCGUAUGAUGCCCUUCGUGUCUUUGUCAACUAUUUGUACACUGCUGAAGCAUGCCUUGAUGAGCAAAUGGCUUGUGACCUUUUAGUAUUGGCUGAAAAAUACCAGGUAAAGCAUCUCAAGACGUACUGUGAGAAGUUCUUGGUGUCAAAACUAAACUGGGACAGUUCUAUAAUGAGCUAUGCCUUUGCACACCAGCACAAUGCUAAGCUUAUGCUUGAUUCGGCUUUAUCAUUGAUCACGGACAACAUGGACAAGCUUACUACAAAAGCGGAGUACGUGGACCUUGUGGAGAAGGAUCCUCGACUUGUAGUGGAAAUCUACGAAGCUUAUCUCUCCAAACGGGUUAAUACUGCUGCUCACAAGGAUUCUUCACCCGAGCUAUAGGCAAGUACAGGGUUUCACUCUUUAACUUGGGAUAUGGAUCCAUUUUCUAAUGCAAUAUUGAGUGUAGAUGAACUUCUUUUGUCUGGAUGAAGCGAACUAUCUGGUUUGGUUGGCAAGCUUUCUAAUGAAUUUUGGUGCCUAAA